UGGCGGACAAUUGCCUUGUCCGGGCCGACAGAUGGCAGAUUCUCAGAAGUCAAUGUCAAUAUUGUGUUUUUUUGGAGUUAUUCGGAUUUAUGAAUGAAAUUGAGGAGUGAAGGAAGUAGUUGUACUGGUUUGGAGCGAGUGAGGAGGUGAUAAACAUUGUGACGAAUUUUUUUCGAGACUUGGGGGGAUUCUCGCGGAUGGGAGAGACAGAGCCAGCGUAUCCGCCCCCAACCCCCAGGAGACCUCAUCCACCUGGACAACUCGUAACGACUCAUCAGGUGUGAGCGGCCUCCUGAACCCCACGUCCUUGACAGGAAGCAUGACACUUGGUGGGAGGAUCCUGAUCUCCUCAAAGCGUGUGGACACCUCCCAACCGAGGCAGCCGGUCCCCGGUUGCUACUGCACCAGGAGACCCAAGAAAGUCCGGUACAGAUCGGCCAAUACCAUUCACCAGGGCCUCGAGCCCUGUCUCUACUGCAAGAGUCAUUCUGACGUCUUCAGGGCUAGAGGUGAUGUCCCUCCGGAGGUGCCGGUGUCCCCAGCAGUCAGUUCCGAGACCCUGAGGAAGGUCCAGGGCAUCAGCUACACCCCGAGGUCAGAAUUCCUGCGGAAAGUUCAGCGAAAAGUCUCGGGAGAAUUCAGAGAGGGCACCAACCACGAGGAGUCCGUGGCCUCUCUUCGAUCUUUACGAGAGUCUUCCCGAAAUUUCCAGGACAAUCGGGACGUUCAGAACGAAGGGAGCGAGGGUGGAGUGUCCAGAACCUUCAAGGAAGUCACCAGAGACGACACUGACAUCGUGAACACCAAUCAGCGAAAUGAAAUCAACAUUCAGCUCGACUCCACGAUCGUUGAUCCUCACCCUGGGGAGUUGAUCGAGGUCCCUGUUGAGGUUCACCGAUCAGACACCUCAUCAAUUAUUCCAGUGGACUACGUGGAUGACUCCGGGAUCAACAGAUCCCAUAAAUCAAGAGAUAAAAAUUUUCCAAAGACCAUUCGGUCAAAGCACCGAGAUGAGGGGGUGGAGGAACAUCCGAGGGACUUUUCGCCAGAAAUAGAAACAAUUUUACCCCCGAGAGUUGCUCACAAAUCCAGAAAUGUUUCGAAGAAAACGAUAAGUUCGACGAGACACGAUGAUGAGGGGAAAGGGGAGGCGAGGUCGAGGAAGAGGGAUGAGAAGGUCGUGAGGACGUUGAGCCAAAAAAGCUGCUACGACGCCUCUUGUCUGGUGAACGAGAGGCACAGGGGUGCGAAAAAAUCGAGGGACCGGGGAGAUCAUGAUCACGGUGAUCAAUGUCUCUCGCACCUGGUGGAGGAGGUGGUUCCUGAGGAGGAUAGGGAGACUCUGGAGUUGAGGAAGUUCAGGGAGAAGAACUAUUUUGAUACGCACGAGUCUGGCGGGGGUGGACAGUCGUGCGAAUCAUCGGGAUCACUGGAGCAAUUCCAGCUGAAUGACCGACUCUUUCCUGAACCAGUGGGGAGAUUGUCCAGGAACAAUAUCGUGGUCUCUCUAAAGCCCUGUGCCACUGCCCAGAUGAAGAUGGUUCACUACUUUCCGAGGAAUAUUGUGAGAGAGAAUAAGAGAGAGUUUUUUGGGAGGAGCAAGGGGAGACAUAGGAGUUGUCCGCUCACUGGACAUGCGGUUGAUCUUGGAGUGCUCAGGACUUAUUGUCCAGCUGAUAGUCUUGCUCUUAAGCACCAGAAGGGCGGCGUAUAAUUUAUUUAAUCGAGGUAUAAAUUUUUUUGGGAAUAAAGUCACGAGAAAAAAGUUUUAUGGUGAAAAAAAUAUCUGAAAUUGGCUCAUUUCCCAUUUAGGAAAUAUAUGGAGUAUAUGGAUGGUAUAUAUGCUUUAUAUACUGUUUAUAAAUUUAGAGAAUAUAUGGAAUCAUCGCACAUUAUAAUUUUUUCAAUGAAUUUAAAGGGGUAAUGAAUUUUUAUAAUGCACACGAGGGACUGAACCGAUUGUUCUAAAUACUGUGAUGUUUUAUGAUACCCUCACGCUGUCAUACGUGGAAUUUUUCAAAUAAAAUUGUGCAAAAAACAA